AUGAGAAUUAUUUCACUAAAAGGAUAUUUUUUAAAGAAAAACAAAAAAGAGAACGAUUCGUGGAUUCACUGCUCUAGUUAUCGGGGUACCAAACAAGCAACGACGGUUAGAUCAGAACUUGUGUCUAUCUAUGUUUUACGUAUCCUGUUAUAUAUUCUUUCCAAAGAAAAACAAGAAGAACAAGAAGCAGCAGCAAAAAAUAAAGGAAGAAUAAACACCGAUCAGAAAAACCGUAUUUGCCGUUGCUCAAGAUUUGAUUCGAGUUUUUUUUUUCGUUCAAAUAUUCCUUGUUGGUUUGGUUAAGAUGAUGAUGAUGAUUAUUAUUUUCAAUAAAGAUUCAUUGCUAUAUAUAAUGAUGUUGCAUCGAAAAAACAUUCAUCGGAAGAACGGAUAGCAAUUUGAUUUGAUUUUUUUUGAAAUAUAAUAA